AUGUCAGAUCAAGCGAAUCGAGUCGUGUACGUUGAACAAAGGCGGCACAUCGUCGUGAAUUCUCCACCACAAUCGCCAACACCAUUGCAUCAUUUCCCUGUUAAUCGUCAAUAUUCUGGUGUUGCUGAAACAUCUUCUAAUCCACCUCCAUUGAGUCAUCCACCGCUAGAAUAUCGAACUAAACAUGUUUUCACAGAGAGCGUUCAAUGGAAUUGUCUUUUGUAUUCGGAUUUUCAUUCUGGUGAGCUUUUGCAGAACGUUACUAAAAAUCUUUCAUUGUCUCGAGUUAUCCUCGCUAUUGUUUCCAUGAUUCUCAUUCUCACUGCUCCUGGAGCCUGCUUUUCCAGAUAUCUCAAUGGUCAGUCUAUCAGUCGAGAAGUAAGUUUUGCAAUUCCUACUCACUUCUCAACACUCCUCAACUUUCAGAUCUGUCCAGGCCAAAACAGUAUAUUCCCAAUGAAUGCAGAUCGGUGGAGUAACGCUCUGCAUUUUCAAGGAAGGGGUCAGAAUGUCUACGGACAAGUGGCUCUUAUCUGUAUCACAUUAGCUUUCGGGCUCAUCACAGUUGGAGUGAGCUGUGUAACACUUGCUCUAAAUAGCAUCCUGACUUAUCCGCAAAUCCUGAUAUCCGGACUUUCGAUGGUGGCGUUCAUUGUAAGUGGAGGAGUGGAAACGUGGUAUGCAACUGGAUAUGACCACAUGGAGUUUUUCAUUCAGGCUGUUGGAAACGGUGUCUUCUCCGGAUGCGCUGGGAUUCCAGGAUGUCAAAUCCAGUUUGUUGUAAAAGGAUGGGCAGUUGCAGCCGCUUUCUAUUUCCUCGGUGCUCUGCUCUAUGUCAUCGACAUGGCACUGAUCUUCAUUUCCCGAGAAAAGUAA